AUGGUGCUUAAAAAGGCUUAUGAGCUUUCUGUGCUUUGUGAUGCUGAGAUUGCUCUUCUCAUUUUCUCUAACCGCUCUACGAGUUCUGCAGCAGCCUUAGGUAACAAAAUCUUUAACAUUUCACUCUCAUCUCCUCCAAAGUUUCUAUAUUUACUGACCCUUUUCAGACAUAUGUUUGCUAAUGACUUUUUGGGUGGUAAUCGUGAGCAGUUGAAGCCUGGUAGUGCUAUUCCUGAAAAGGGAAAGAAAAUUACUCUCUCUGUGAAGAACAUCGCUGACCUUAGCCGAGAUGUUAUUAAGUCAGACACUGCAGGCGUGAACAUUCCAGAACUUGAUCUGGAGUUAGCUGGUGGUACGCUUGGUGGAAUGGUAACAACUGUUGAAGGGUUGGUCACGCAGAUCAGAGAAAGCCUAGCGAGAGUUCACGGGUUCACAUUUGGUGAUAGUCUAGAUGAGAGUAAGAAGAACAAAUGGAAAGAAUUUGGAGCCAGGAUAACUAAGCUCCUGAGCUUAGAAGAGCCAUGGACUUUGAUCCUCGAUGAUGAAUUAGCAAACUCCUUUAUUUCACCAGUAACAGAUGAUAUCAAAGAUGAUAAUCAACUUACAUUUAAUUUGUCGAACACAAAGAAGUAA